UUGGUUAGCUUAUAUGGUGUAACGCUGCAGAGAUUGGAAGAGAUGAACGUCAAAAAUAUUCCUGUUGAGGAGGGCAAUAAAAGAUUUGAUGUAGUUGACAAGGGUGAUGUUGUGAUUUUGCCGGCUUUUGGAGCUGCUAUUGAUGAGAUGUUUACCUUGAGUGAAAAACAGGUCCAAAUAGUUGAUACUACUUGCCCAUGGGUUUCAAAGGUCUGGAACUCUGUUGAGAAGCACAAGAAGGGUGAUUACACUUCAAUCAUACAUGGUAAAUAUUCACAUGAAGAGACUAUUGCAACAGCCUCAUUUGCAGGAAGAUAUAUUGUCGUAAAGAACAUGACUGAGGCAAUGUAUGUAUGUGAUUACAUUCUUGGUGGGGAAUUAGAUGGGUCUAGCUCUACAAGAGAAGCAUUUCUUGAGAAAUUCAAAAACGCUAUUUCUGCGGGAUUUGAUCCAGAUGUUGACUUAGCUAAAGUUGGCAUUGCAAAUCAAACCACGAUGCUCAAGGGUGAAACAGAGGAGAUAGGUAAAUUGGUCGAGAAGACCAUGAUGCGCAAACACGGUGUAGAGAAUGCUAAUGAUCAUUUUGUCAGCUUCAACACCAUAUGUGAUGCUACCCAGGAAAGGCAAGAUGCUAUGUUCAAGCUGGUGGAAGAGAAACUCGAUCUUAUUCUGGUCGUUGGUGGGUGGAACUCCAGUAAUACUUCACAUCUCCAAGAGAUCGCAGAGCUCAAGGGAAUCCCGUCCUACUGGAUUGACAAUGAACAGAGAAUUGGACCAGGAAACAAGAUCACCUAUAAGUUAAAUCAUGGAGAGCUGGUCGAUAAAGAAAAUUGGCUUCCUGCUGGACCAAUCACUAUUGGUGUCACCUCAGGGGCUUCUACUCCUGACAAGGUCGUGGAGGAAGCAUUGGGCAAGGUCUUUGACAUUAAAAGCCAAGAAGCUCUGCAAGCGGCAUAAAUUGAGAGGACUUGAGCAGUGUUUUGAGCUGAAGUAUCACUAUCGCUUAACUUGUACGGUACUAGAAAUGGGAUUGCAUAAGAGUACUCCCUUAUCGACAGGAAAUGCUGCAGUCCAAAAUCUAUCCUGCCAUUAUUAUUUUAUUUUGUUUUGUUUUUGUGUUGUGACAUUAAUUUAUGUAUGCUCGUCUGGUUGAGCCCAGCGAGUUCUCUCACCCAAUCCAUUUUACUCGUCUAUUCAAACAAAAAGGUCUGAUAAAGUUAUGAUAUUGUUUUGCGGUUUAA